CCACCUGUAGGGAGUUCAAGAAAAGAGUUAAACCAACGGCCAGAAAGGUUUCGAGUGUACUGAGGUACUUCUUCCCUUCAAAAUAGUAUCAUGUGUUCCUUUCUCCAACUAUAUACACAUAAUUGCCGCUAAUUAUCGAGCCCACUUAGAGCUAUAAAAGCUGUCAGCCCAGGGAAAAUAGAGUCAGGACUAAGCCCAAUGGAUAAACACAAGGAUCGCAUUGAAUCCAUGCGCCUGAUUCUUCGGGUCAUGCAACUAUUUGGCCUCUGGCCUUGGUCACUGAAAUCGGAAGAGGAGUGGACUUUCACCGGUUUUGUGAAGCGCAACUAUCGCUUCUUGCUGCACCUGCCCAUAUCCUUCACCUUUAUUGGACUCAUGUGGCUGGAGGCCUUCAUCUCGAGCAAUCUGGAGCAGGCUGGCCAGGUUCUGUACAUGUCCAUCACCGAGAUGGCUUUGGUGGUGAAAAUCCUGAGCAUUUGGCACUAUCGCACCGACGCCUGGCGGCUGAUGUACGAGCUCCAACACGCUCCGGACUACCAACUCCACAGCCAGGAGGAGGUGGACUUUUGGUGCCGGGAGCAACGAUUCUUCAAGUGGUUCUUCUACAUCUACAUCCUGAUUAGCUUGGGCGUGGUGUACAGUGGCUGCACUGGAGUACUAUUUCUGGAGGACUACGAACUGCCCUUCGCCUACUACGUGCCCUUCGAAUGGCGGAAUGAGAGAAGGUACUGGUUCGCCUAUGGUUACGAUAUGGCCGGCAUGACGCUGACCUGCAUCUCAAACAUUACCCUAGAUACCCUGGGUUGCUAUUUCCUAUUCCAUAUCUCUCUUUUGUACCGACUGCUCGGUCUGCGAUUGAGGGAACUCAAGAAUAUGCAGGAUGAUACCAUUUUUGGCCAGCAGUUGCGUGCCAUCUUCAUCAUGCAUCAGAGGAUUAGAAGAUUAACCCUGACCUGCCAGAAAAUUGUAUCUCCCUAUAUCCUAUCUCAGAUCAUUUUGAGUGCACUUAUCAUCUGCUUUAGUGGUUACCGCUUGCAGCAUGUAGGGAUUCGCGAUAAUCCCGGCCAGUUUAUAUCCAUGCUGCAGUUUGUCAGUGUGAUGAUCCUGCAGAUUUACUUGCCCUGCUACUAUGGAAACGAGAUAACCGUGUAUGCCAACCAGCUGACCAACGAGGUAUACCACACCAAUUGGCUGGAAUGUCGGCCACCGAUCCGGAAGUUACUCAAUGCUUACAUGGAGCACCUGAAGAAACCGGUGACCAUCCGGGCUGGGAACUUCUUCGCCGUGGGAUUGCCCAUUUUUGUUAAGACCAUCAACAACGCCUACAGUUUCUUGGCUUUAUUACUGAAUGUAUCAAAUUAACAUGUCAAAAUUUUAUUAAAUAUUGCUGAAUAAAUCUGAAAUCAUAAAACCUG